AUGCGACUUCUUGCCCUUGUGCUGCUCAUCCCCGGCUGCUAUGCGCUCUGGUGUUACCAAUGCUAUCCUGGGCCCAAAGGAGAUCCGUGUCUAGAGGGAGGACCGGAAUUGGCGGAGGAGGAAGACGUACGAGUCCAAUGCGGGGCCGGCGAACGCUGCAUCUGGUCAUUGAAGAAACGGCACCCGCUCGCUUUUCCAGAUGAAAGGAGAGAGUGCGGUACCAUGGGCCCGCACCGCUGUGGACACAUUGAGAGUGACGAUAAGGACGUAGGAAAUGUGUGGUGGUGUGCAUGUGACACUGAUUUCUGCAACACGGGCAGCUUUAAUGAGUUGAAGGCUACGGUGGCAGCCUACUCGCCCACUCCAUCGCCAUCGCCGCCGCGACCCGCCUCCCCGGUGACAGUUGAUUGCCUGUAUUGCGCCUCGGACUUUACCGAACCCCCAAGAUCUCCGCUGUUGCCCGGCUGCCGUGAGGGUGGCAAGGAAUUGUCGAAGCACACGACGCAUGAGAAGGGACGUUGCGGGGUGCCGGGCCAGUACUGCCAGAUGAACGCCAAAUUCUUUCAUGAUGUCACCCGUCCUCCGCUCAUCGAGAGGUAUUGCGUGGAAGGAGAUGAUCCGACAUGUACGAUAAACCCGGAGAACGAUGGUUUCUUGGUGGGCUGCGGAUGUGAUAGCGCAUUAUGUAACGACUGGGACGAAAUAACACUCAAGAAGAUGGCGGAAGCUCUUCUGGAACAUCGAGAAGGCGCCCUGAACAUCACCUCGCCAUUGCCCGUCGUCCCCAACGGAACGACCUAUUAUAUACAUCUUCAUUACAUCUUCAUCUUCUUACUUGCCUUUUCC